GAAGUAAACAGUAAUCACGUUACAACCCGGAAGAAAUGCCUUUUCUCUGGUUAACAUUUGAAUAGAUGAGAAUGACCAAUUUAGCUUUUGGAGAAACGGUUAAACGCGAUGCUGCUCCUGUUGUGCAGCCUCUCAUAGUCGUUUUUGUGUCCUAAUCUCUUGGCCUGGAGGUGGAGGCGGUCGACUACGAGCAGCAACGCCCCGAUGAGAGCAGGCAGCCCGUCAGAAGGAGAAAAAUAUCCUCGGUGUGUUUACCAGGCGGUUCAGGGAGGCUGUUUCCCCGCAGUGUGUCGUUAGCUCACCGUGCGGCUGUGCGACUGGUUCUUCAGACGGAGAGGAAACAUGGCUGAGCUGCAUGUUGUGGAACCUACCGGUGCUGGCACCAUAGAGCAGCCCGAGCACCGCGACAUCCGGGGCUCGGUGCGCCUGGCGUCGCCCACCCUCAUUGUUCCGCCGCGGAGCAGCCAACUCAGCCCGGGUGGGGUGUCAGGCUGCAGCGGCGGCGGCGGCGGAAGGUCUGUGUUUGGGUUCCCGGUGAAGAGCAAUCCCAGCUCCCCGUCCGAGCCAGUGGACAAGCCGGGCUCCCGCUGGGUCCGGCUUAACGUCGGUGGUACCUACUUCAUUACCACCAAACAGACGCUGUGCAGGGACCCCAAAUCUUUCCUGUUCCGCCUGUGUCAGGAAGACCCGGACCUGGACUCUGACAAGGACGAGACAGGAGCAUAUCUAAUCGACAGAGACCCCACGUACUUUGGCCCUAUCCUGAAUUACCUUCGGCAUGGAAAACUGAUUAUGGAUAAGAAUCUGGCAGAAGAAGGCGUUCUGGAGGAAGCCGAGUUCUACAACAUUGCUUCCCUGGUGAGGCUGGUGAAAGAGAGGAUACGGGACAACGAGAACCGGACAUCUCAGGGCCCUGUGAAGCAUGUGUAUCGAGUACUACAGUGCCAAGAGGAGGAACUCACGCAGAUGGUCUCAACUAUGUCGGACGGUUGGAAGUUUGAGCAGCUUAUAAGCAUCGGCUCCUCAUAUAACUAUGGCAAUGAGGACCAGGCUGAAUUUCUGUGUGUAGUUUCCCGGGAACUCAACAACUCCACUAAUGGCAUCGUCAUUGAGCCCACCGAGAAGGCCAAGAUCCUUCAGGAGCGAGGCUCGCGGAUGUGAAGAGAUCCUGAGCUUAACAACAGUUUAUCAGCAACAACCACGUUGUUGUCGAACAUUUUCUUCACUUUUCAUAAACCCCCUUCCACCUUUUACUAUCAUCAUCAUGAUCAUCCGCCCCUUCCCUUCUCCUCUGGUGUGCCUUUCCACAGCGGGCGCUGUUGGCGUCCCCCACAAUCCUUCAGUGCUACAACGUGACCCAGGCUUGUCGUCUCGUCUCUCCUUCUUCACUUUGGAAGAGAGACGACAGGUUCAGGGCUUUUCCUCGUUGCAGCUUUUUGUUGGACAGUGUGACAGGAGCGCAGGCUACGACGCUGAUAUUAGCCUCUUGUUGUUCUCAGUUGGACGGACAGAGCUACCAGAAAUCAUCGUCUCCAUCUCCACCUCGAUUCUGGAUCUCCAUCAUCGUUAUCAGACGGGAUAUUUCCUCUUGUCUUACACAUCUGGCUCUGUUGAUUUAGCAGAAACCUCCUCAGGACUCUCAAAGGACAUAAAGGAAUGAAAACACUCCACUUACUGACCGAGAGAGCAUCGACUCCUCUGCAGGUGGAGCCCGAGACGGAGCAGUCGCAGGCGGAUGAUGCACGGACCGAUCACUCAUUAUGAGCUAACCUGGAGCGGCAUCUUUUCCGCGAACCAAGAAGUCUCCAGUGGCUCCUUUUGAUCUGUAAGAAAAGAACAUACAUGACUAAAAAACGGACUUACCUACACUAGUGUACAAUUUGUCAAGGCAUGUGAGGAAUCUAUAUAAAUCUAUAUAGGCUACAUGAUGAAAUUAUAUGAAAAAUUGAAUGCAAAUGGUGUAAUUAUUGAUUUCUGUAUCAUAGUUGUGAUAUAUUUACAUAUUCUGGUGGUUGAGUCUAUUUAAACAAUGGAGAAAAUAUCAGUUUUCCCACCCGUUAACACGGGUGUGAAUUUGUGUAUGCAGUGCCUCUCUGCUUUCUGUUCAUCCUGAAAUAUCACCAGUUUUUCAGCUGCACGUUUUCUGUAGUGUUCCUCAAAGAAAAAAAGAAGAUAACACCGGUAAGUUUUCUCUUAAAUAUCCAACUUUAAACUAUUGCAUAUCUUAAAAUUGUAAUUAGGGAUAAGGAAAACUACUGUCAUUGUCAUUUGUCCAAGUAAAGCGUGGCGGAGGUUGGACUGUGGCCAGACUGUAUGCUGCCUCAAAACCCUGAAGCACCCCUCUCCUCUCGGGCCUCGUGCUAUUCUCUUUGCCAAUAUUCGCUCACUUUGCAGCUGCCUCUUGUUGCCACACCAAAAUGACUGUGUUGUCUUACACUCUGCAGCACUUGUAGCAACCGUGGCGCAAGCUAAACUGUACCGCUCACCGCUUAAAGCCCUGAGAUACCUGAGUUUUAUACGCUGUGUAAACAACGCUGCCAGCCGGGAAGUGAGUUCAGUUUUCAUGAGCUCGAGAGCGAAGCCUUAGUAGUUUGGCUAAAGUGUGUUGUUCUUGUGCUUAACAUUAUGUUGAUAUGUUAUUGUGCUGUUUUUGACGCUUUCAAAAACACUGCAACAACAUAGAAAUCUUCUGUACACAGGCCAGGAUGUGAGCUUGAUUUAUACUUCCACACUGUAACAGCUGCUUGGUGGUGAAUAAUGGAGUAUAUUACUUUUGCGAACGUAAUGCAUAUAAUGGGGUUAUGGGGGUUACAGGGCUAAUCUAGGAGCAAGUAGCCUGCCUGAAUAAUUCAGUGUCAGUUGCCUGCUUUUGCUUUUUUUUUUUAGUAAACUAUUAGUGGCAUAGAAAGAACUGUGUAUGCUAACAACAGCUUAGCAAAAUUGUAAUGCAGAAGUAUAAGUCAAGCCUUAAUCUGUGCACAUGUGCAAGUGAAGUGGCUCGUACUAAAGCGAAAACGGUGAUUUGUCAGUUGACAGAAAAUAAACGGGGAUCUGUUUUGGCCAUUUUAGCUCUAGAGUUUUAUUCUUGAGCUUUGCAUCAGUCACAUUUCAGACUAAUCCUUAUUUGUCCUACAUUUGGGCCUUGGUUCAGCCGCUUAGCUCAUCCUUGAACUGAAACAAGCUCCUUUAGCUCCCGGAUUCUGGACUCUAGUCUGAUUGGCUGCCCCUCGUAAAGACAAACUGAACUUUUGGCUCCCUGGGAUUACUUGUACAUAAGCUCACCUCAUUUCAUGAAACUUUAACUCAGCUUGAUGAUAGAACCCACUACUGUAGCACAGUAGGUCCCCUUUAAUCUGCCACAAUUGGAUAUCAAGUCACUUAUCAAGCAGAAAGGACAACUGAUCUUUCAGUUUUCUGCUUUUUCUUUUUCAUAUUUAUGUAAAUUAAAUAUAGUUUGGUUUGGAACUGGAUCGGUGCUUCCCUAAUUUGUAGUUUAUCACAUAAUGAAAAUUUUAAAACAUUUCUGGAGUCCAGAUGGCUCAAAAUGGGUUCAUGGGCCUUAUCAAAAUUGGGUAAUUAGUCACAUUUAUUUUAAAAAGAAAAAUCCAAUAAAAUAGCAAAAUACCUUUUUGUACUUCUUAGUCACACAUCUCACUUCUUACAUUUUAGCUUCAGAUGGCCCACCUCUCACCUUUGAGCCUAUUUUCAAUCCUUUUUACUCAAAUAAUCAGUAACUGUUCAGCCAGUAUUCAUUCAUUUGCUUAUGAGCAAGAAAAUCAAUUUUACUAACAGGUGAUGAAGAAAUGCACCUAAUUCUCACACUGAAAAGCGAUAUUCUAUUUCUGCUCCAUCAGUGACUCACAUUUGUUAAUUAAUUAUUAUAUUUUAUUUAUUCUGUCAGUGACUAAUCAUUUCACCAUCUGGGGUAAAUGCAGCUCGUUCAUGUGAGCAACUUGAUGCAAAGUUUGAGCCAUAUUUGCACAUAUCAGAAGGAAAACUGAGAAUCAUGUUGUUCACAUUUUAAUCAAAGCUGAGGAACGCUCUGUCAUUAUCGCAGACACCUAUUACUGGCAUUGACCCCUUUGGUAAUCCAUCCUUUGUAUAAAGAAUUUAUUUGAUGCAAUCAUGUUGUACCAAGCAUGGGGAAAAAUAAUGCAUUGUAUUGGGGAAAAAUGGUACCUUACCUGCUGUUGUUACGCUCCCUGAUCAAACUUUGAUGUGACUUCCUCUUUGUUGUUGAGAGAUAUAUAU